AUGCUUGAACAAAAACGGGUAGUCAUUUCUCCAGUUAUUAACCUUUGUCAUAACUUUCAGAUUCCAGUCGAGGCUAUAAUGGCUCGGUUUUGUGACUGGGUCAUUGAGAACUUUGACGUUGAACAUCGAAGAGUGCAUAUGUUUGGGAAAGGCAAUGGAGCAUAUGUGGCUCUUCGCACAGUCAUGGAAUACAAGGAGGUGAUAAUUAGUGUGAACGCGAUAUUAGGUCGGUCAGGAACACCCUUUCGUCCUUUGAAUCGUCCUCAAGACAAAGUGAGGAACUUCAGUGGGGUGCAUUCUUUAGUCUUUGUUCCAAGUCUCUUACGAAAGCAGGACUGGUACUAUAAGUUUAUGAUGAAUAUGGCACGCAUUAAACCGGCCUUGAGAAAUGUCCACUUUGCGGAUGUUGGAGAUCACCAGGUUUAUUAUGCUAUUAAUCCCUAUGAAUUUUGGAACCACAUGAAGUAUUUUGCCAACAUAACAUCAAAAUGGUGA